AUGGAGACUCGCAAGACGAAGCUCGGCGUGGACCAUCCCGACACGCUGAUUAGUAUGUCCAACCUGGCAUCGACAUAUCGGAACCAGGGCCGAUGGGAGGAGGCGGAACAGCUCAGCUUGCAGGUCAUGGAGACGAGCAAGACGAAGCUCGGCGUGGACCAUCCCGACACGCUGAUUAGUAUGUCCAACCUGGCAUCGACGUAUUGGAACCAGGGCCGAUGGGAGGAGGCGGAACAGCUCAACUUGCAGGUCAUGGAGACUCACAAGACGAAGCUCGGCGUGGACCAUCCCGACACGCUGACCAGUAUGUCCAACCUGGCAUCGACGUAUUGGAACCAGGGCCGAUGGGAGGAGGCGGAACAGCUCAACUUGCAGGUCAUGGAGACUCGCAAGACGAAGCUCGGCGUGGACCAUCCUGACACGCUGAUGAGUAUGUCCAGCCUGGCAUCGACGUAUUGGAACCAGGGCCGAUGGGAGGAGGCGGAACAGCUCAACUUGCAGGUCAUGGAGACUCACAAGACGAAGCUCGGCGUGGACCAUCCCUCUACGCUGACGAGUAUGUCCAACUUGGCAUCGACGUAUCGGAACCAGGGCCGAUGGGAGGAGGCCGAACAGCUCGACGUGCAAGUCAUGGAGACUCGGCCGAUGGGGGAGGCGGAACAGCUCAACUUGCAGGUCAUGGAGACUCGCAAGACGAAGCUCGGCGUGGAUCAUCCCUCUACGCUGACGAGUAUGGCCAACCUGGCAUCGACGUAUUGGAACCAGGGCCGAUUGGAGGAGGCCGAACAGCUUGACGUGCAGGUCAUGGAGACGAGCAAGACGAAGCUCGGCGUGGACCAUCCCGACACGCUGACCAGUAUGUCUAACGUGGCAUCGACAUAUCAGAACCAGGGACGAUGGGAGGAGGCGGAACAGCUCAACUUGCAGGUCAUGGAGACUCGCAAGACGAAGCUCGGCGUGGACCAUCCUGACACGCUGAUGAGUAUGUCCAGCCUGGCAUCGACGUAUUGGAACCAGGGCCGAUUGGAGGAGGCCGAACAGCUUGACGUGCAGGUCAUGGAGACUCGCAAGACGAAGCUCGGCGUGGACCAUCCCGACACGCUGAUGAGUAUGUCCAACCUGGCAUCGACGUAUUGGAACCAGGGCCGAUUGGAGGAGGCGGAACAGCUCAGCUUGCAGGUCAUGGAGACGAGCAAGACGAAGCUCGGCGUGGAUCAUCCCUCUACGCUGACGAGUAUGGCCAAUCUCGCUUUCACCUGGAAAUCUUCAGGGUAUGAUACCCAAGCCCUCGAGUUACUGCGAGAUUGCCUGACCAAGCAGAAGCAAAUACUUGGGCUUAAUCAUUACGAUACCAUAUCCAGUUCUCAAACUUUGCUGGAGUGGGAAACAAAGAUGUUGGAUAUUGGUAGGUAG